UCUCAGUCCAGUGUUCAGCUACAGACCGACGGGCUGACUGCUGCCAGCGACAGGCUGCUUGCCUUUGUUAGCUGCCUUGGAAAGCACCAAGAAAAGACAGAGCCGCAUCCAUGCAGUAGCAUACCUUUUUUGGAAAAUGAUCAUCUGUACGAAUAAAAUGGAGUACCCCCUAAGAACCCAGUGCCAACGAGCCCACAAACAGGCGAUGGUGAACGGUGAGAACGAGCGCGUGUCGCUGCUGUUCAUGAAGGCUCUGGUCAGCAGGGAGAGUGUGGACCCCAUGUCCCAGCAGAUGGCCUCGCACCCUCAGUACUUGGAGAGCUUCCUGCGCACACAGCACUACAUCCUGCACAUGGACGGCCCCCUGCCGCUGCCAUACCGCCAUUACAUAGCAAUCAUGGCUGCAGCACGACAUCAUUGCAACUACCUGGUGUACUUGCACUCAGCCCAGUUUCUGAGGGUGGGCGGGGACCCUCUGUGGUUGCAGGGUUUGGAGGCGGCACCCCCUCGCCUUCGUCUCCUUGACCAUAUCAACAAGGUGCUGGCCCACCAACCCUGGAUUACUGCCUGCUCACAUAUCCAGAAGCUGCUGAAGUCGGGCGAGCAGUGCUGGUCUCUGGCUGAGCUGGUGCAGGCGGUGGUGAUCCUGGCCCACUGCCACUCCCUCUGCAGCUUUGUGUUUGGAUGCGACACAGACUCAGACUUAGUCCCUCUUUCCAAAUCUCCUAACGGUACCCCGCCGACCUUCUGCCCCUUUGAUGCUGCCAACGGAAACACCAAAGUGCCUCAGACACUCGCCACUCCCUCAGAACACAUAACAAGACGACGGUCUCUGGACUCCAGUUGUGACAUGGUGUGUCUAAAGGAGAGGAUUCAGAAGUCCCAGGAGGAGCGUGAGAAGAGAGAGGAGCGUCUGCUGCUGCAGACCCAAACGCUCCAGCAGACAGAUUUGGAAGAAGAGGAGGAGACGAUUUGCUUUGCAGACCCGACGCGUUUUAUCACAGACCCUGACUUUUGCUAUCAGGAGUUUGCUCGUAGGGAGGAGGACCACUUUCAAGUAUUUAGAGUUCAGGACUACUCAUGGGAGGACCAUGGCUUCUCCUUAGUCAACAGAUUGUAUUCGGACAUCGGGCACCUCUUGGACGACCGAUUCAGGAGUGUGACCACCCUCCCCUCGUUGCACAGCCCCGACCUGAGAAGGGCGAUAUGGAACUACAUCCACUGUGUGUUAGGAAUACGGUAUGACGAUUAUGAUUACGGAGAAGUGAACCAGCUGCUGGAGCGGGAUUUGAAGUUGUACAUCAAGGCCGUGGCCUGUUUUCCUGAUGCCACCAAAACUCCAGUGUGUCCUCUGAGUUGGGCUCCACUUAAAACUUCUGAACGGAUACACGUGAAUUUACUAAUCAUGGAGGCCCGGCUGCAGGCUGAGCUGUUAUACGCUCUGAGAGCCAUCACUCAGUACAUGAUUGCCUAAGUGCUCGGAGAGACACAAAGCUAAAACUUUCCGCCGGUACAGAGAGACCCAGAGACACGAGGAUAAAGAAAUCUCAACAGCAGGCCGCAAAGUGGGACGAGAGCGGCACUUUUAAGGACACAGAGCUCUGUCGUUGUGUAGCUGUGCCUCAUGAAUGUGCUAUUCUUUUUCCCAGAGUUAAUGUAUUUAUACCAUUGUGUGCCACAUCCACUCCUCGCCCCUUCUGCAGAUUCUCUUGUCGUCAUCUUAUCAAACAUCUCGGCUCUCAAAGGUUAUGUGCAAUUUACAAGAGUUGUUUUAAUUUUUACCUGUUUGUUUUGUGUUCUAGCUCUUGUCUGUGAGAAACUGCUUAGUUGUAGCAGUGUGUUUCAGUGGCCAAUCCUUUUUAUUUUGAUCAGUCUCCUUUUUGGAUUAACUAUGCCCCCCCCCACCCCCACCCCCACCCCCUCUCACACACACUCACACACUCACACACACACACACACACACAUCUUUUUGUACAAGUUGAAUGAUUGUGUUAAUGGGAGACCAGGGCCUUUUGUUUUUUUGGACAAUCUUUGUCAGUGUUGGAGGAGGACAUUAAGUGGACCGUGAAGGACGACAGUUUAGCUCUCCCUAACAUUUCAUGUUAAUGCUGGUCAAGAACAAAAACAACAGUGACACUGCUGGAAAUUAUCACAUCACUAUAGUUUCUUUUAAUAAGCACUUUUUUAAACUUUAUAUAUUUAUAAUGCAAGGUAGCUCAUUAGUAGACAUUGAGACGCACUGUGUGUGGGUCUGACGCCUUUCUUCUCCACUGUACGACGUGUAACGAAGAUUUUUAGACUGUUUGUCCUCAGACUUUGCUUUUGUUCUCAAACAGCUUUCUGAAUGGUGUAACUCCCAAGAUGUUUCAGUGAAUCCUUGGAAGGAUUUUGAAGGCAAGGAUGUUUGCAAAACAUGCUAUUUACACCAGAUAAGAACAUUAAUAACUAAACUAGAGGUCAGUGAGCUGUUUCCUACAGUGAAUAUUUUGUUGGUUUGUACUGACGUGUUUCAGAAACCAGAUUCUGAAUUUCAGACCAGAGGUCAUUAAAAAUCUGCACUGGUCAUGAGUUUAGAUUGAGUUCAGAUUUAUGCUCAAACCUUUCUGUUAAAGCCUUUUUUUGUGACCUGUAUCAAAGCUGAUUAUCGAGUCAAAAUCCAUGGUACAAUUUGCAAAGGAGAACAAUGUGCAAACUAGUUGUUAAAACGCUGUCUUUUUAUUUUUACAGUUUCUGUAAAGUCUAGAGUACUUUUUGUUUAGUUUCUGGGUGUAGGACCUGCUUGUUGUGCUGCAGCCUGGGUAGAUGUAGAGGUGUGACAGACUGUUUAGAGUUGAGUUAGGCAUUAGUAACCGCAGGAUGUAGAAAAGAAACAAGUGCAUAUCGCAAAAGCGCUGUUAACACGGGUGCCUUCAGGCGGAAAACUGGAGUGCUGCUGAAGUGGAGGGAUAUGACGACGGGAGGCUGAAUGUGGGCUUUGGAUGCAGCUGGGAAACAAGUAUGUGGGAACUGUUUUUUCUUGGUGUUGGUCAGCAUCAGACACCUUCUGCAAACCCCAGCAACUCAGCAAGAGCCUUUGACACAGAUGGAUGUUAAAAAAUGUUCAACUUGAGCAGAUAAAAAAAUGGACCGUUAUUUAAAAGAAAAACAACCUUAAAAAAAAGAGAACAAGUGGGGGGAAAAAAACAAAAAAAGUUUUUUGAAAAUGUGAAGAAAUGUUUUCUAUAAAGAUGCUCUAUGAAAAUAAU